AUGGGUAUAUUUACAGGAGACAACGACAAAGAAACCCAGGAGUAUAACGACAAACUUGUGGCGUCGUCCCUGCGCGAGCGGUUGUGUAACAACUUUAACAGUGUUGGAGACUCGAUUUCAUCGCUUUGGAAAGAUGCCGUGGACCGCGUUGACAACAAACUUCCAGAUUUGUGGGUCAACGCCAGUGGCAGCAUAGGCGACGUGCUCUCAGGGCUGGGAUUUCCCGGCGGGUUCGGCCAUCCAGCACGGAUUCGCACGCUGAUGGACGACCAAGCGGCUGAAGAAGGCACCACGGGGCUCUACAGCUACCGCACGCCUUCCGACAGACAGUACCUAGAGUGCCAGAACAUUAAGGGCUUGUCCGUGUGGGACACGCAUGGGUGGUGGCGCUGUCUGUUUCCUGAAUCGGCAGUGCGGUCCAAGGUGAACGCCGAGCGCUUGCAGGAGGUCUUGACCCGCGAAAAGGUCGAAAAAGACAAGAACCACAGUCUGGGUUUGUUCUUCACUGAUUACUCUGCGUACUUGACGUGGCGCGCAAACAUGCUGCGGCUGGCAGACGAGCGUCGCAGAAGUGCCGAGGAGAGUGCCAGGGACAACUCGUGGAGACCAACCACCCCAGAGGACCUCAUGAAUUCAACGCCAGGGAAGCAUGUGGUCGGAACCUCCGAGUAUGUGACUUACAACACCACCCCAGAAGGCCAAGAAAAGGUCAAGGAGACGAAAACGUACUUCAACGAUGGUUCUGUCAGGCUCCGGUCUGAGAAGCAACGUCAAGGGCCUGAUGGCCAGCCCCACAUCGAGUCUUUUGAGAAGCUCUUGACCGAGGAUGACAAACACAACGAGGGCUGGUUCUGGCGCAAAUAG